ACAUAACCCGGUUUAUAGAAGAUUUUACACAAUUUUAAGAAUAGUGCAAAACUCUAUCAAUAUUUAUAUUCAAGUAAAAAGAUAAUUUUGACAGGAUUAGAAGGAACAGAUAUGAGAUUAACAUCGAUCCUAUUAAGACGAGUAGGAGAAUGGUCAAAGAAAUAUGCAAAUUUACCAGAUAGGUACAUAGAACGUGCUAUGACACAGGUUUAUUGGAAGACACCUCGAGGUAAACCGAAUUAUUUGCCACGCACAAUUGAAAGAAAACGAUUUCAUUUUUCGAUACAUCGUCCGUGGACAAAUAAUUUUUAUAAAGAUAAUGCACCUGGUACAAAGCCCUUAUUUAUUCAUGUUGAACCUGUUAAGGACUGGAGCUUUUUUCGGGGUGACAGGGUAGAAGUUUUAGUUGGAAAAGAUAAAGGAAAGCAAGGAAUUGUAAAAGAAAUUUAUCAAGAGAGGAACUGGAUAAUUGUUGAAGGACUUAACACGAAACUGAAACGCGUUAUGAAAGACAAAAACUUUCCUGGUUUAUAUAUACAGCAGGAACAACCAUUAUUAAUAACUUCACAAGUGCAAUUGGUUGAUCCUUCAGACAUGCAAGGAACUGCAAUAGAAUGGCGAUAUAGGGAAGAUGGCGAGCGUGUACGCAUAUCUGUAAGAACCGGUAGAGUAAUUCCUAUUCCUAUCUCUGCUGAAGAAACUAUAGAUUACAAAACUCCUAAGUUGUACAGAGAGCAAGUAAAAGAUACGACUGAAGCUAAUGUACACAAAGUAACUUUUAUGCCAGCGUUAAAAACUUUUGAGAUGGAUAUCAUGGAUGAAAUGGGUAUUGAAGAAGAUCGUAUUCCAAAGAAAUAUUAUUGGUAUUAACUAUUGUUAUAUACAAUUCGCUGUUAAAGUUUUUAAUGUACAACUAUAGUAUUUAAUAAAUAUAUUAAGCAAACAAAGAAAUCGGAACAUAGUCAUUUUUUUAUGUAAUACGAAUGUACAAGAUAAUUUUUACUUUAUAAUCCUUUUGAAUGAAAAAGUUUCCUCAUAGAAUAACAUGCAAAAUAAAGUUAUUAUUUAUCUUAAUUAUAAUAAACCGAAUUUUAACUUUUUUUUUAUGAUAUAGGAAAAUUUUUAUAUUUUUAACAAAAUCUAUAUUAUAAGGCGUCUUUGUUUGCAAUGAUUUACAUAUAGAAAGUAUGCAAUAAAAAAGCAUUUAUAACAUUAAACAAUAAAAAGCGAAUAAUUCAACACUUUAUAACGAAUUUACAUUGGAUUAAAAUAUGUAAUAAUAUUGAUUAAUGUUUCAAUCAACAGCUGUUUGUUUUACGCUAUAUCAUGUCAAUCACACAUAUCACAGCACGAAUUUUAAUAAAUGCAAAUCCCGAAACGCGAUUCAUAUUACAUUUAAAUAUUCCAAUACAAUAUAUAGCUUUAUAUUAAUAUAAUAUCUGUUAUAUAUGACACUUUCCUUUAGCUCUGCGUGGCUUAUAAUUCCAAUCAGGAUUAAAUUAAUCAAAUAUCAGUUCACAUUUCAAUAUUGUUGGAGAAAGUUUAGGACCAUAGACAGAAAAAUAUAACAAGACGUAAUAUUAUUUCAAAAGCUGAAACUU